AUGCCGGCAUACCACUCGUCUUUCAACGAGGUUCCCGACGUACGCCAGGUUGGGAACCUUGGCAUUCUCCCAAUCAAAUCCAAGUUCCGUGGGCCGGCCCCUUCUGCCGAUCCUUCAGAAGCGGACAUCAUUGACGAGGCCCUCGAUCUCUUCCGCGCCAACUCCCUCUUCCGUAACUUUGAGAUCAAGGGCCCGGCCGACCGUCUCCUCAUCAUAUUCAUCCUCUUCAUCUCCGACUGCCUUGCCAAGAUCGGUUCGGCCAAGACUGUUCCCAGCCAGAUUGAGGCAACGAAGUUGUUGAACACCCUCGCGGUGGACAACUUCCCCAUCCCUGGAGACGCUAAUUUCGCUCUCAACGCGCAUUAUGCACCACCGGCAAGCCGUUCAGAUGCUGAGUACCUUCGUGGCUACCUCACUCAGGCGCGACAAGAGCUCACAGCACGACUUGUGGAGAAGCUGUAUGCGGACGGCACUGGCAAGCCGAGCAAGUGGUGGAUGUCGUUCCAGAAGAGAAGGUUCAUGAACCGCAGCUUGGGCACACAAUAG